AAGGGAGAAGUCCACUGGUCCAACUCAACUCCUCCCCAUCUCCUGCACACACUCUCUCUCUCUCGACUGAGAAUUGAAAAACCUUGAAAAAGAAAAUAUAAAACAGAAACGAAUACAACGAGAAAAAGAGGGGAAAAAACAUUUUUUUUCCUCCCUCAAUUCAUCACUCUGAAGACCUCUCUGGCUUUGUUUCUCUCUCUUUCUUUCCCAUGACUGACGGCUCCAAUCGCAGAAUCCUCGAUAUGGGUUUUACUUGCCAUCUGUUUCUCUAUGAUACCCACAUCUCUGUUUCCACUCUAUCCAUUUCCUUUUUUUUCUAGCACUACCUUCCACUGUCAAUAGAGUUUCUCAUGCUUUUCCAUGGCUGGUCGUGGUCGCAUCAAUUUUUGAACACGAAACAUGGGUUCAUGACUUCAUUCCCCCUUAUUUUCAUUUGCUGAUUACGAGCACAUAUUUUCGUGUUCCUUAUUUUUGUCUCUCCCUUUGUCGAGUUCGAGUAUUUUCUUGUUCCCGCACUCUCCCCGACGCUCACAUUUAUAAGCGAUUAUUCUUUAAACCCAAGCAAUGACUUUGUUUUCAUUUUUUUGUGCUCUUUAAAACCCACAACUUCGUUUUCGCUAUAACGCUCUAGAACAGCCGCUCUUGCUGUUUCUCUAUCUAUUGUCUUUUAGAUGCUUGCUCUAGGGAAGAAGAACAAGUAAACCAUGUAUUUGUCCGAAAAGCCUCGCCCGAUCGAUUUCUAUAAGGAGGAAGGGAGGGACAUGAUGAUUGAAGUAGUUGGUAAUGGCGGGUUGCCGCCCCAGCAACAACCGCAGCAGCCGCAGCAACAGAUGAUUCUUGCAGAGAGCAGUGGAGAAGACCAUGAGGUCAAGGCUCCCAAGAAGCGAGCGGAAACUUGGGUCCAGGAUGAAACUCGAAGCCUCAUCAGUCUUCGCCGAGAAAUGGACAGUCUUUUCAACACUUCUAAGUCGAAUAAGCACCUCUGGGAACAGAUUUCGUCAAAGAUGAGAGAGAAAGGCUUCGAUCGUUCACCAACCAUGUGCACCGACAAGUGGAGGAAUUUGUUGAAGGAGUUCAAGAAGGCAAAGCAUCAAGAUAGAGGUAGUGGCUCGGCUAAGAUGUCUUACUACAAGGAACUGGAGGAAUUACUCAGAGAGAGAAGCAAAAAUGCGCCUUACAAGAGUCCCACGCCUUCUAAGGUCGACUCCUACAUACAAUUCUCAGAUAAAGGUCUUGAAGAUGCUAGCAUUCCUUUUGGUUCCGUGGAAGCUGCUGGAAGGUCAACACUUAACCUUGAAAGGCGUUUGGAUCAUGAUGGACAUCCUCUGGCCAUCACUACAGCUGAUGCAGUUGCAGCUACUGGAGUUCCCCCAUGGAAUUGGAGAGAGACUCCUGGAAAUGGUGGGGAGAGCCACUCCUCUUAUGGAGGGAGGGUUAUAUCAGUCAAGUGGGGGGACUACACUAGAAGGAUUGGCAUUGAUGGCACUGCAGAUGCAAUUAAGGAGGCAAUUAAGUCUGCAUUUGGGUUAAGGACUAAGCGAGCAUUUUGGUUGGAGGAUGAAGAUGAGGUUGUUCGGAGCCUUGACAGGGACAUGCCGGUGGGAAAUUACACCCUUCAGCUCGAUGAGGGAUUGACAAUCAAAGUUUGUCUUUAUGAUGAAUCGGACCGGCUACCUGUUCGUACCGAAGAGAAGACACUAUACACCGAAGAUGAUUUCCGUGAUUUCCUUACUAGACGUGGUUGGGUAGGUCUGAGGGAGUUAAGCGGCUUCAGAAGCGUUGAUACACUGGAUGAUCUCCGCCCUGGUGCUAUGUAUCAGGGUGUGCGACUACUGGGGGACUAGAAAUGUUGCUUUGGAAAUCCUUACUAUCAAGGCAUCAAAGCUUUCAGAAAUAAUUUUUAGGGAUUUCGAUGUGCAUUGAUGCCCUUCCUUGAGAUGCAAUUUAGUGUAAUGUUUGCACUACAACUUGCUAUUACCCCACUACUGUACUGAGCUUCCUGACCAUGGUUGCUUUGUCAGUGGUUUUACUUCUACAUUUAUUAUGAUCUUCGCGCCACAACUUGUAGCAGUGUUGCCCAAUUGUGUAUAGUCCUUUCCUUUGAUGAAACCUCUGGUGGCCCAUCAUCAUCAUUUACUAGAGACAUGAGCAGUGUUGCCCAAUAAGACUAAAAAGAAGAGAUGUUGUAUCGAUUUGGGUUUUAUACAUCUUGCACUCAAAGCUUCAGCUUGAGUAAA